CCUCAUUUGCAUAUACAUUCCUUUUUACAUAAUUAUUGAGAGAAAGUUUUAGUAAGAGAAGUCAUUUGUUGAAUUUCGCUCCCGGCCUAGACGGCAUAUUUUCAGAUAAUGUCGAUUUGAAAUUUCGAGGUGACAAACUCGUAUCAUAUAUUACACUUUUUAUUGCGACGUGUUUUCGACAAGAAACUUGUUAUUACAAAGAGCAGCAGUUAUUCGUUUGCUAUGAAAACAUCGUCAUCAAUGAUACUUUUGAAGUUGGAAGUCGCAUUUAUCGUCGGAUACCUUUGUAGCUCGUAUACAGACAGUGUAACUACAACUCGAACGAUACAACAACUGCACCCAGGAUUGUUUUUCAGUAAUAGACCAGCAUUGAAUGACCAACUUGGCCAGGCAAUUGACUCUGGUUCAGUUACACUGAGUUGCGUUGGAGGUAGCCGUGGCAACAACAGAGUGUAUUUUAAAUGGUAUAAAGAUGGCCAACUUUUGCAAGCAGACAGGUCACCUAUAGUGGCAACCAUACAAGGAGAUUUGAACAUCAACCCAUCAGACUACAGUCGUGAUAAUGGCCAAUAUCAAUGCCUGAUUACUGACAACACAUUUUCUCUGCUAUCAAAUAUGGCUGAGUUACAGCUUGCAUGUAGUGAAAAGCAACAGGCAGACUCCUCAGCCUCAAGUGUUUUGACUAAUAAGGUCUUCUGCUGUUUCUGCCCUUUUUGGUGCAUGUUACGAAUUAAAUGAGAAAUUCAACCAAGAAACAUCAAUAUUUUGAACUUUUUGUUAUUUCGUUGUCAUGAAAAUAUCUAGAAUAUGUCAAGACUCAACAAAAUUACAAUCAUUGGACUCAGGUGACAAUUCGGUAAAAAUUUGACGAAGAAA